GCGACGUACGCCAGAACUAUAAAAAUCAUGGCCACAGGCUACACUUCAUACCAGUAUUAGCGGCAUUAGCGAUCAAGAAGCAUCGUACUCGUGCAACCAUGAAAGGUUCCCGGAGUAAAAUGGAUAAGUCCGUCGAUUUAGUGACGGUAUUAUGUGUAUGCCUCGGGGCCACGGUCUUCGUGAGUGCCCAGACUGGAGUGUGGAUUCCGAACCAUCCGAACUGCACGGAUCCCGAUGGACAGUAUCCAAUUUAUUUCGUUCAUCCGACCAACUGUAGCAAAUUCUUCGAAUGUCGCCGGCGAGAUGCGUACGAGUUUGAUUGUCCAGCUGGGCUGCACUUUAACAGCAAAAUCAAUGUCUGCGAUUAUCCAGCCAACGCUCAGUGUACCCCGGGAACGACAUGGCCUCCGACAUCCCCUACGGAGACCCCAAACCCAGGAACGACUCCGGACCCCAAUCCUGGCACAACGCAUCCAGGGACAACGCUGGACCCCAAUUCCAGCACAACACCUCCAGGGACAACUCUGGACCCCAAUCCUAGUACAACGCAUCCAGGGACAACUCUGGACCCCAAUCCUGGCACAACGCAUCCAGGGACAACUCUGGACCCCAAUUCUAGCACAACACCUCCAGGGACAACUCUGGACCCCAAUCCUAGCACAACGCAUCCAGAGACAACUCUGGACCCCAAUCCUAGCACAACACCUCCAGGGACAACUCUGGACCCCAAUCCUAGCACAACGCAUCCAGGGACAACUCUGGACCCCAAUCCUAGCACAACGCAUCCAGCGACAACUCUGGACCCCAAUCCUAGUACAACACCUCCAGGGACAACUCUGGACCCCAAUCCUAGCACAACGCAUCCAGGGACAACAGUCACGAAUCCAGGUACAACUCAUGUCCCGGAUCCAGAGAAGCCUCCGGUGGACCCGCACUGUCCGCCGAGUGGAGUGUCACAGCCUAAUUACUGGCCAAACCCAAUGGACUGCACUAAAUACUUUGGAUGUUUGGACGGUUGCGUACAAGAGUUCAAGUGCCCCGCUAACUUAUACUGGCAUGAUAGGCUUAAACGUUGUGACUAUCAUUGGAACUGUGAGUGCCAGUGCCCCGUCAUACCAGCGGCACCAAGUGUCAUAAAAGAUUGGGCCACAACUGCAAGUCCGUUGCGCGGUAGUCAUAGAUAAUCGUAGCCGAUAUGAUGAUAGGUUGUAGUGACAAAUCAAUACAGGAAAUAGAAUUUUAUAGUGUUCCAAAGUUCAA